UGUGGAGUGCUUAUAGUUGAAUGUACUUUUUUUGCUAAUUUAGUAGGAUUCAUCCAGUCCUAGUGAAACUUACAAAACCUGCUAAGAUUGUGAUGGCUGACCUCCCUGAUCAGAGUUUUAAUAGCGAUUUUCCAACUUCACCUUGGGGACUUGCAUCGAGGUUAGUUGAAAGCAAUCUGCAUUGUUUUUUAUUGUAGAUUCUUAGGUAUCCACCUAGGUACCUAUUUGUGGGAUAACUUUUUUAUAAUAUGUAUUAGCAAAAUGUGCUCAAGAUCGUUCUCAGUGCAGCGAGAUUGAGAUUGAGAUAUGAGAUGGGAAUGAUAAGGGAUUUGUUGUGUAAUUACCUACCAUAAUUCAUAGGCGGGCCAUGGUUAGCGAGGCCUGCGCUCAGCCUCGCGGCUCGUCAGCCAUGGCGGUGUCCCGCGUCUCCAGCCCGCCGCCGACCUCCAACGAGAACUCUCAGCCCACGGCAGAAAACUGGUGCUUCACACAGGUGAAAGUGGUCAAAUUCAGCUACAUGUGGACCAUCAACAACUUCAGCUUCUGCAGAGAGGAGAUGGGCGAGGUGCUCAAAUCGUCCACCUUCUCGGCCGGCGCCAACGACAAACUCAAAUGGUGUUUGAGAGUCAAUCCCAAGGGUCUAGAUGAAGAGAGCAAAGACUACCUAUCAUUAUAUCUUCUUCUAGUAGCAUGCAACAAACAAGAAGUUAGGGCGAAAUUCAAGUUUUCUAUACUCAACGCGAAACGAGAAGAAACGAAGGCUAUGGAGAGCCAGCGGGCCUACCGGUUCGUGCAGGGCAAGGACUGGGGCUUCAAAAAGUUCAUCCGACGAGACUUCCUGCUGGACGAGGCCAACGGCCUGCUGCCUGAGGACAAGCUGACGCUCUUCUGCGAGGUAAGUGUGGUGGCGGACAGCGUCAACAUCUACGGCCAGUCGAACCAGGUGCAGUUCAAGGUGCCCGACUGUCGGCUCUCGGACGACCUGGGUCAGCUGUUCGAGAGCCAGCGGUUCAGCGACGUCACCCUCUCGGUGGGCGGCCGAGAGUUCCAGGCGCACAAAGCCAUCCUGGCGGCUCGCUCGCCCGUGUUCGCCGCCAUGUUCGAGCACGAGAUGGAGGAGCGAAAACACAACCGUGUCGACAUCACUGACGUCGACCAUGAGGUGCUGCGCGAGAUGCUGCGCUUCAUCUACACGGGCAAGACGAAUAACCUGGAGAAGAUGGCCGAUGACCUGCUCUCGGCCGCCGAUAAGUACGCCAUGGAGCGACUCAAGGUGAUGUGCGAGGAGGCGCUCUGCAACAACCUGAGCAUCGAGAACGCGGCCGAGGCGCUGAUCCUGGCCGACCUACACUCGGCCGAGCAGCUCAAGGCGCAGGCCAUCGACUACAUCAACAUCCACGCCACGGAUGUGAUGGAGACGCCGGCCUGGAAGUCGAUGAUCACCUCGCACCCGCACCUGAUUGCCGAGGCGUUCCGCGCGCUGGCCACCCAGCAGGUGCCGCCUAUCAACACCACGCGCAAACGCAUCAAGACCUCUCAAUGAUGCGCGGCCCGCGGCGCGGCGGCCGCCGUGGCCGUCGUGCCCGCCGCUGCCGCCUCAUCCCACCAAUCAUAGUGUUCAAACGGCGCGCGCCCCGCGGCUCGCGGCGAACUGAUGUUUGUGUUGCCAUAGUGAUAUGUUGUUGACGCUCGUGCGCUGCGCUGCGCGCGCGCGGGCGCCGGCGCCCUGUGCGCGCCCUCAGUCAAGAGUAUAUGGUCUCCUUCUUGUUGGACUUGCGUCUCGGGUGGUUAAGUAGCUGUAGUGUGUGGGCGGGCUGAGCCGCGUGUGGUGUGCGCGGUGGCGGCCGGCCGCUCCGCCCCUACCUCAGCGUCCGCGGCGCCCGCCGCCCCGCCGGGAGAUCUCACGCGGCGAUGGAUGUGAACCGCUCUGGAUGUCGCCGCUCUGCCACGCCGGCGGCCGCGCGCCCCGCCGCCCCCACCGUGUGGGGCUGGCCGGCGGCGGCGCGCCGGCCGCCCUUUGGAACACCUGUAUGUGAUAGGCGGGCGCCGCCGCGGCGCGUUGUCCGGCCGGCCGACUCGGCGCCUGGCCGGCCCUUCUCUGCGCGCCGCUCGCGAGUACUCCGGCUAGAGGCGCUCUCGGUUCCCGGUCACCAGCCCAGAGUCUAUUUUGUUAAUUUGUGCAUAUGUGUUGUGUCUCUUUGAAGCAAUCUUGUACAAGCCGACGCGAAAUAUUGGUUACAGUGUUUUAGCACCAAUAAAGAUAAAACUUGUCGGAAAA